UGAUUUCAGAAAACCCUUCCGUAAUAAAGGGGACAAGAAUCAGGACCCGGACGGGAAUUAAAGGUGGACCCGCUUCUUAUCGUCUCAUCGCAGAACCUUCUUCAGACAUGCCUCAGGUGGAGACCGUCCUGGUUCUCAUCCUCCUUGUUGGGAUGUGCGCGUACGGCCAGGACCCGGCAUCCAAGGUGGUCUCCGACCGCUACGCGGUAUUCUGGAACCGGACAAAUCCAAAAUUUUACCGAGGUGAUUACCACAUCGAUGUCUGCAUCAACGACUACCUGGACGUCUACUGCCCCCACUACGUCAGCCCAGUCUCUGAUGACCGGGCUGAGCGCUACAUCCUCUACAUGGUGAACUACGAUGGCUACAGCUCCUGUGACCACACCGCUAAGGGCUUCAAGCGCUGGGAGUGCAACAGGCCCCUGUCGCCCAACGGACCACUCAAGUUCUCGGAGAAGUUCCAGCUCUUCACUCCCUUCUCCUUGGGCUUCGAGUUCCGCCCCGGCAGAGAGUAUUACUACAUCUGUGAGUACACUCGAAACCCUACGGUGGGAAUGUUUUGGAUUAUAAAGAAUUAUCCAUAGUCACCCUGAUAGAUUUGAUUUUAGGAAUAUUUUGAUCAGUUUAUUUGUUGUGUCAAAGCACAUAAAAAUAGAUCAUAUUCCCCACUCCAAUUAAAAUCUCUGUAAAUAAAAGCUGUAGGAGCCUAAGACUGAGCCUAGCUCCAGUUGGUUUACUGUCCAGUGAGUUUGAACCAAAAGUGCAAUCAGUGGAAAACUCUAUAAAUAUCAACCAAAUUGUCAUUCGGUUCACGUUGUUUAUACAGAACCAAAAUACAACUAAGGUCCAAUUGAAAUGACACAUGUGACAUAUGUGUCCAAUUUAAAGAGCAAGACACCCCCUACCAGAGUCUUACUCUACCCCUUCUUCAUGUUUGAAUAAUGCAACAAAUGCUUUGCCGGGCACACCGAGAGGUCAAAGCCGCAAACGAAGACACACAAACACACACAGGAUGUUUCAAGGAUGCUAGUACGUUCUGCUGUACUGGACAAGUAUGUUCUUGGCAAGGACACAGAUGGUGUGUUCUACCAAGUACGGGAUGUUGAGGACGGCAU